GCCAGCCUCUUUGAGAACGUCCCCUUGCCGCAAGAACGAGUUCUAGGCCAUAUCCACGCACGCGCACACGUACUCACACUCCUCGAUCUCGUACGCCAACAUUUGCCCGCCCAGCACCCACGACUUUCGUCACCAAGCGAAAUUCGUCUUUCCGCGGCUUCUCACUCGUCCGGACUUCGGAAAGUUUCCCGAAUUAUUGUACACUAAAUUUUACUGGUCUUUUUCCCAUCAACAUCCAAAUCCCAAUCACAUCACCUGACCAGCGACACUACAAAGAGUGAUGUCCGAAAGAGGCCAUUUUCGUGGUGGUGCUCGAGGAGCCGGCGGAGGUCGCGGUGGUAGGGGCGGCGGAGGAGCACGAGGCGGUGCUUCCUCGCAACAGACCCAUCAACCCAACGAAAAGCCGAAGAAGGAGAACAUCCUUGAUUUAACCAAGUACGUCGACAAAGAGAUCACCGUCAAAUUCAACGGCGGAAGAGAGGUUGUUGGUACGCUCAAAGGUUACGAUCAACUCAUGAAUCUCGUCUUGGAUGAUGUCAAGGAGACAAUGAGAGACGAUGAGGGCAAUGAGACGACGCGAUCUUUAGGUUUAAUUGUUGCGCGAGGCACGCUACUUGUGAUGGUAUCACCUCUUGAUGGAAGCGAAGAAAUUGAGAACCCUUUCCAACAAGCCGCCGAAGAAUAAAACUUGUCACCAUCCGCCACCAUGGGUUUCAACUGGCUACCAGACUGCGCCAAACAUAAGACUCACGCACGCGACGAAAUUUCAAUGGUUGAGCAACAGGAAAAGUUCGUCUUUAAUACUAGAUCGACGGGCAAGCGAGCAUUGGUCAGGACGAUUUUCGACAAUUCAGCGUUGUAUCAUAACUGGCUUGGUUGAAAUUGGAAUCUGCGUGCAAGGGAGAUUACGAUUUUUUUUUGGUUGUCCUCAUCUAUCUGGGCGCAAUAUUCAAUUGGGUCAAACCUGCACUUCUCAAUGGCCUGAAUCCUUGUAAACAGUAGUCGUUCGGCAUACUUCAACCAAACUAGCAAAUAUCAGAUCAUUUCUUG